CAGUUGGCAUGCGAAUGGGAGCCGAAUCGGCCAUUGCUCAUUGAGGCGAUAGGAAUCGUAUCGGGUGGACAGCGGCGAGCACGUUCCGACCGAACGUGGUUUGUCUGCAGUGCAAUAUUCAUAUUCGUUACUAUAAUUCUAUCUCUAUUCCUGGAUAACAUCUUCCCAUUUCUUUCUUUGCUCCUUUCAGUGUUUAGGUUCACUUUGACGGUUGUGAUGGCUUUCUGCUUAUGGUACGGCGUAAUAGGACUCACAUUGGAGAGGAAAGCUUUGAAAGCUGCCAAACAAUCCAUGCGACAGCUACUUAACGAUUAG